GGGGGCGAACUGCGGAGUGGGGCGGGGGCAACGGCGAGGAGGGCGUUACGCCGGCGACGUCGGCCGCGCGAGGCUUCGCGCGUGAGCGGCGAGGGCACGGGGCCUGGCUACUGAGCUUUCCUGGUGGGCAAGCAGGUCCUCGACGCCGGCUCCUGGGGGAGCGCGGGGAGGAGGGAGGUGUCGGCGUCAGCGGUGUAGUCGACGGCGGUCCUGGCCAUGGAAGAGACGCAGCCGCUUCCGCAGUCCGAGCUGCCGCUGUGCGACAGCCUCAUCAUCUGGCUGCAGACAUUCAAUACUGCUGCACCCUGUCAGGAUGUCAAACAGCUGACUAGUGGAGUUGCCAUGGCACAAGUUCUUCAUCAAAUUGAUGUAGCUUGGUUCGAUGAACCUUGGUUAAGCCGAAUUAAAGAAGAUACUGGUGACAACUGGAGAAUAAAGGCUAGUAAUUUAAAGAAGGUGCUUCAAGGAAUUAUGAGUUACUACAAUGAGUUUUUGGGGCAACAGAUUUCUGAAGAACUUAUCCCUGAUUUAAACCAGAUAACUGAAUGCUCAGAUUCUGUGGAGCUUGGGAGAUUGCUCCAGCUUAUUUUAGGUUGUGCUGUCAACUGUGAAAAGAAACAAGAACAUAUUCAGAAUAUAAUGACUUUGGAAGAAUCUGUUCAACACGUGGUCAUGACUGCUAUUCAAGAGCUGAUGAGUAAAGAAAUCGUGAGCUCUCCCACAAAUGAUGCUGUUGGAGAAUUAGAACAACAGCUUAAAAGGGCCCUAGAAGAACUUCAGGAAGCACUAGCAGAAAAAGAAGAACUGAGGCAAAGAUGCCAAGAACUAGAUAUGCAGGUGACAGCACUUCAAGAUGAAAAGAAUUCACUAGUUUCUGAGAACGAGAUGAUGAAUGAAAAACUUGACCAGUUGGAUGGAUCUUUUGAUGAUCCAAAUACAAUGGUUGCAAAAAAAUAUUUUCAUGCACAGUUGCAACUAGAACAAUUACAGGAAGAAAACUUCAGGCUUGAAGCUGCAAAAGAUGAUUACCGUGUUCACUGUGAAGAACUUGAAAAGCAAUUAAUUGAAUUUCAACAUAGGAAUGAUGAAUUGACUAGUCUUGCUGAGGAAACAAGAGCCCUGAAAGAUGAAAUAGAUGUUCUUAGGGCUACCUCUGAUAAAGCAAAUAAACUGGAGUCUACAGUUGAGAUAUAUCGUCAGAAGCUACAAGAUCUGAAUGACCUUCGCAAGCAGGUGAAAACUUUACAGGAAACAAACAUGAUGUACAUGCAUAAUACAGUCAGCUUAGAAGAGGAAUUAAAGAAGGCAAAUGCUGCACGCACACAAUUAGAAACAUACAAGAGACAGGUUCAGGAUCUUCAUGUUAAACUUUCCUCUGAAUCCAAAAGGGCAGACACACUAGCAUUUGAAAUGAAGCGGCUUGAAGAGAAACACGAAGCUUUACUUAAGGAAAAAGAGAGACUAAUAGAACAGCGUGACACUCUGAAAGAAACAAAUGAAGAGCUUCGAUGUUCACAAGUACAACAGGAUCACCUAAACCAAGCAGAUGCAUCUGCUACAAAAAGUUAUGAGACUCUUGCUGCUGAGAUUAUGCCAGUGGAAUAUAGGGAGGUGUUCAUUCGACUGCAACAUGAAAAUAAGAUGCUUCGAUUACAGCAGGAAGGCACUGAGAAUGAGCGUAUUGAGGAACUGCAGGAGCAGCUGGAGCAGAAGCACCGCAAGAUGAAUGAGCUGGAAACCGAGCAGAGGCUGAGCAAAGAGCGAAUCCGAGAGUUGCAGCAGCAGAUUGAGGACCUCCAGAAGUCUUUACAAGAACAAGGCUCCAAGUCUGAAGGUGAAAGUUCCAGCAAACUAAAGCAGAAGUUGGAAGCUCAUAUGGAAAAACUAACAGAGGUCCAUGAAGAACUACAGAAGAAACAAGAGCUCAUUGAAGACCUCCAGCCAGAUGUAAACCAGAACGUACAAAAGAUCAAUGAGCUUGAAGCUGCUCUUCAGAAGAAAGAUGAAGAUAUGAAAGCAAUGGAGGAAAGAUACAAAAUGUACUUAGAGAAAGCAAGAAAUGUAAUAAAAACUUUAGAUCCCAAAUUAAAUCCAGCAUCAGCUGAAAUAAUGCUACUUAGAAAGCAGUUGGCAGAGAAAGAGAGAAGAAUUGAGAUUCUGGAGAGUGAAUGUAAAGUAGCAAAAUUCCGUGAUUAUGAAGAAAAACUCAUUGUUUCUGCCUGGUAUAAUAAGAGUCUAGCAUUCCAGAAAUUGGGGAUGGAAUCUAGACUCGUGAGCAGCAGUGGUGCUUGCAAAGACACGGGGGCCUGCGCUCCUGCCCGGUCUUUCCUAGCACAGCAGCGCCACAUCACCAGCACCAGAAGAAGUCUCUCUGUUAAAGUUCCUGCUGCGACAACUGAUUAAACCGCAAAAGAACACGUAAACAGAAGUGCCCUUAAAAUGUUUUGUAUCUUUCAACUAACUGCAAGGUUGAAAAGAAGUGUAUGUUUCUGGAUAGCAGCUUUUUUAAAAUCAAAAUGUAUGCAAUUAAUCUUGCCAGAUUAAUAUGGAAACAGAGUUUAGAAGUAGCUAUCUGGGGGAGCACGUGUGAGUAAUUGGAAGAUAUAAUAAGGUAAACAUCUCAACAUUUGUCUUUGGAGAGUAUUAUAUUAUUUCAAAUUGACUUAGUAUAUUUUAAUGUUCUCAGUUGUAGCAGUAACUAAUUUGCAAUGUGUAAUCAGUUAUAUGCAAUUUAAAACUACUGUUCUGGUCCAUAUAAAAAUAGUGAACAGGUAGGCACCUGGAGAACUAUGCAAGAGUUAUAUUUUUUGAUUAAAAAUACACAGAUAUUAUAUCUGACCUCUCAUUCUGUCGUUGAAUGGGUAUAUUUUAUCAUGUAAUGGAAAAUAACAUUUGGAAGAUUUGACUAUAUUGAAAUGACUUCUCCAUAGUAGAGUGAUUAUUUGGAAAUGUUGCAGAUUUAGACAAGGUCAUAGUUCUCAUAUGUACUUACUAUAAACAAAGGCUUCUGUAUAGCAUGCUUGAAAUGUUAAGGGUAUGGACUUUGACUUUAAGAGAUGACUUUCUGACGGGAAGCAAGCUGAAAAGUAUACUUUGUGUGAAAUGCCCACACUAUUUUUAAUAUAAUUAAUGAAGAUUACAAUUAUUGCUUUAAAGCAUAAAAUUAUUAUUGUUUUUAAGUGAAAAAUUAAGAGGGCUUCUCGUUAAAAAAAAAAAAAAAAGAUAGUAGUUUACCUCUUCACUGAAAAGAGAGUGUACAGUGGUAGAGUGAAGGGUCAAUUUGGAAUAAGUUUUACCUUGUUUACUAAUUAAGAAACCUGUCUUGGGCUGAGUUUAUGGUAUUCAGUUCAUUUCUGCCCAAAGCUCUUUUUCUCAAAGAUGUUACUCCAUUAUUUUUAGUCAUUUUUAAGAGUCACACUUUGGAAUUUUAAUUUGAGUAAAAUCUGUGCUGUCCAAUAAUGUAACCAAAAGCCACCAUGUGGCAAAUUGAUUAAAACUGAAAAUUCAGGUUGUUGGUUUCACUAGCCACAUUUCAAGUGCUCAACAGCCACGUGUGGCUAGUGGCUACAGUACUGGACAGUGCAGAUGUAAAAUGCAGAAACCUCCAGUGGACAGCGCAGUACUUGAUCUUUUUAUAAAAACCUGGAAAUACUCGAUGUUAGAACACAAAAAUGAAAAAAAAAAGAAAAAUGUUAGGACGAUAUCAGAUAUGAAAAGGAAUUGAAUUGUGAUGUAACCAGCAUCUUACAUUCCUUUCAGUUGAAUACCUUGUGUUGUGACAUUCACAGUUAAUUUUUCCAGAGCUGUUCACAGUUACAGUACCGAUCAGCACAUGUCUAGAGCAGGGGCCAGCAGACUUUCCAUAAAGGGACAGAUGGUCGAUAUUUCAGUAAGUGUUUUAGACUUUGUGGGCCAUAUAAUCUAUUGCAAAUACUCAUCUCAGCUGAAAGUAUAAAAGCAGCCGCCAUACACAAUAUGUAAAUAAAAUAGGUGUGGUUGUAUUUCAGUAAAACUUCGCAGAAACCAGCAGUAGGCCAGACUUAGUAGGCUUAUAGGCCUCUGUUAAAGAUUUUAUUCUUAGCCUCUUAGCCUUUUUGUUUUUUUGAAAAUACGAGUAUUGUUCCAUUUAUAGUAUUAUUCAGAUACUUGGUUUUUAGAUUCUAUACCAGUAAAUGUUUCUAAUCACUGAAGAUGUAAGAAUUUAAUACUCUGUUUGGGUCUCUGAGAUUAGGGAGCAUCUGCCAGGAUAUUUUGUUUUAUCAGGGUUACUUCUUUUGACUACCUCUUAGAUUUUGGUGUUCUUUACUGGUGGUGCAAUUAUGUUGUUGGGUUGCAUUUUCCUAUAUUUUUAUAGUCUGUGCUUGCCUGUGGCUUUUAGUGAAAUGAAACUAUUUUAGCAUGCUAAUUAAAAUUUUCCAAGUAUUAUAGCAUUUUGGUACAUUUUGGUCAAUGUAAGACAUCUGCUCCUUUAGUGUUUACUACUUGCUGUAAUUGAGAUUUCAGAAGCUCUUCAAGCUCCCUUUUAAUGAAAUCAGUUCUAAAACAUCAAUUUCAAUAAAUUAGAAUUUUCACAGUCCAAUUGCUUAUAAUUUUCCAGUUAUUAUAUUUGAAAUUUCUAAAUAAUUCAUGCAAUUUCUAAAUAAGGAUGUGAGGCUAGAUUCUUUUUUCCUAAAUAGAGAGAAAGCAAAUUUUGUGAUUUAUCACUUUUCUAGUUGAUAGAAUUUAACAUGCUCAAUAUGUAUUUAUACUCAUAAAUUACUAACAUAAUUUAAAGUUCUAUAUUAUUGUGAUUAUUAUAUGGAAAUUCAGGAACUGAUCAGAAGUGAGAGUCUUUUCCACAUCUGGUUAAUAUAGUGAGAUUGACACCCUGUGGGUGGUAAAGCAUUAUAAAUAUUCAUCUUGAACCAUGAUUUAUACAUGUUUGUGUUGUGAGGCUUGAGUGCAUAUUACCAGGGAAGAGAAAUUCAGCAUUUAUGUAUUUGAUAAGGAAUUGAAUGUCCCAGUGAUUAUAAAGUAAAACCACUUUGGGAAUGAUCUUUAAUUUUCAGCAUUUUCUCUAAGAUUAAUAAUUCCUUUAUCUUUUUAAAAUAAAAGUGUGUAUACAUAUGACAGUGAUGUUUAUCCUCUGCUUAACUUACUGUAACGCAAAAUAUUUCAAGUUCAUUGUAUUUUUUCAAUGAAGAAGACUGUUGAACUAAUGAUUUAUGUCAUAAUUAUGAAUUAUGAUUAAGAAUUAAUGUCUUGUCUAGAAACAUUAAACUGAGAAUCCCUUGCUAAGAUGCCCUCAUCGUUAAUAACUGGAGUGCUAAGUUGAAUGUCAAAUAAUACUUCUACUUCUAUACCUGUUUCUACACCUCUGGCCCUAUGGGAUGGCUUUUAGGCCACAAUAUUAUCUGUGUUAGGUUCUCUGUAUGUGUAUUUAAUGAAUAACAUUCCUAUGUAAAAAUGUGUGUAUGUGGUUUUAUGCAUACAUUCAUAUUGUGAAUCUGUACAUUGCAAAGAAGUAAAUUUGUAAAGCACAACCCUAAAAGAAAAUAGUGUGCAGUUAUUAAACUUGAUGUAUCUUAAAUGUAAUUUUUAGUUUAUAAAAGGUUCUUUCUAUUUUGUAUGGCAAAGACUUUGACACUUAAAAAAUAGAAGUGAUACUGGAUUUAUUUUUGUAAGUAUUUAGGAUAUUAUUUUAAAUAAAUGAUUGUCCAAUAUGAUGGUUGUCAGAUGUUUUAAGUAAAUAAACUUUAUGAUUCUGUGUCUGAUAUG